ACCUGUAAAUCUGACGGUACUCAUCUGGUAAUAUUAUUAGAAGUAGGAGAAGUAGAGAGACCACAUUCUGACAGGAACAAGAAGAAAAAGAAAGAUUAAAAUACAAAAAUACAUCACACAACACGCAAAUUUCUUGAAUUUUUAAUAAUUUUUUUUUUCCAUUUUUAAAAUAAAUCCAUUCAUUGCGUUAGUCUAGAUUUAAUACCUAAUAAAACACAAAGCGAUGGCUCGGGAAAAUAAUAACAGUGCUACAGCCGAUAGCAGUCGAAAUAAUAAAAAUAAACGCUUUUCGAUUCACGAUGCGUUCGAAGAGGACGAGGAAGAUGAAUCUCUCGGUAUUAAAGUGUAUGGUUCAACAGUUGUAUCAACGACACCCGUCCAAUCAAAAAAUAGAGUCACAACACCGCAAGAUGUUACAAUACGUGUAAAUGAUGCACGAACAUACAAGCCUGGUGAUGACACAACUAGUCGGGAUUCUGAUUCACUAAUUCAAGAAUAUGGAAACCUUUCGAAUGCCGAAACAAACACAUUGUGUUGGAAGCAUCCGAAAGUACGGGAAAAUUGGCGAACAGUUUUGGCCGCCGUCACAUUAUUACUGGUCGGUACAGGUUUGGUUGUCAUGGGUGCCUAUUGCAUAGCCGAUCCACAAAACGGUAGUCAAGGGGCUGUGUUUCUAGUAGCUGGAUUCAUCUGUUUCAUACCGGGUGCCUAUCACGUCGUGUACAUUUGGCUGGCGGCUCGAGGUCAUCGCGGUUUCGACUUUUAUCAUUUACCUUUGUUUACAUAAAAACAUAAAAACACGGCGCACGUAUUAUGUUCAUCUUGUGGGCGGAUGUAGGUUUUAGAUUUUAGAUUUUUCGACUGAUUUGAAUACUAAAAAUGCUCAUUAUUUACUGCUCGGAAAAAAAGCAUUGCUAAAAGAGUCAAACUAUAAUCUAAGACGCGUAUAACAUGGAAUAUAUAUAUGCAGUGCUCGAAAUUUGUUGAGUGCAUUUGAUAAUUUUCAUUUUUUUUUUUGUUUGAAAUAAUUUGUAAUGUAACGUACGACACAAUCUGAAAUUUACCUUCGAAUGGCCAUAUGUUUGUCAACAGAACUUUCUUGUUGUUUUUUGUUCAACUAAUACUGUAAUGAUGUUGUCUUCAGCGUCAUUAUGGCAUAACAGUCGUAUGUCGCACACGUUUAUGACUCUUCUAUUUAAUAAAAAUAGCAUCAAAAAAAGAAAAUUGGUCAACAAGAAAAUGAAAUCAAAUUUUGUCGACGAAUAUCUGUAAAUAUCUCAAGAGGUUUUUUAAUUACACUCUCACCCAAUCACACUAUUAUAUUGACCUUAAAUAUAACAUAAAAA